UGUCAGUUCGAGGCAGCGGUCGGACAUCACGUCGGACAUCAAUCAACCAGCUUGGCCGUGUUGUUCUCCAAUUCACGGGAAUUUUUUCCAAUUCUUCAUAUGAUGGCAUAGUCUAGAAUACUCAUCUCUAUUCAUCAUUGCCUGUCUUUUGGAUCCGUGGCUAAAUUGUCUUUGGACUUGCGUUAGCUGGAUCGGUGGAGACAUGGGCCACUCAUGCUAUCUCGAAGCUCUCCCUGAUGAGAUACUGCUGGAUAUCAUAUCCUUCCUUGAGCCGAAGGAUAUCAUUUCUCUCCAGUGUCAGUCGAGAAGACUCCUCAAAGUAUGCAGAGAUGACACGUUCUGGCGAACCCGGUGUUUGCUUGAGUCCUCUUUCCUCGACGGUAUCAACGUCCGACGAGGCCUCCGCUUCACCAGUUUAUCGAAAGGAUCGUUUGGACAGCCUCUCGUGAGUGCGGCUUUGACUGCUCAGGAGAGGCAAGCUCCAGGAGCUAAGACGAGCCUGCCGGUUGACUUUCAGUGGAAGUCUCGCAAGGCAUUGGAGAAGGAGCGAAUCCGCAUCGCUGCGAACUGGGACCCAACAUUCGAAAAUGAAAGGGUGUCUUGGUACGAUGAGUACAUCCAACGACAUGGUCCUGUCUCCAUAAGCUGGUUCGAGCAGCCGCAGUCGGCCAAAAACGGGAAUGGGAAACAUGCCAUCGAAGUCAAGGGCACAGCAAUCUACAGACCUUCUCAAGAAGGCGGUGCACUCUUCGCAGUCUCACCUCUUGAGGAUGGCUCGGUCUGUCUGUGGGAUAUCAAGGGGACCCACAGUGGCAAAGGCUCCAUCCUCUCCAAAAGCGCGCCGGGUCUCUUGUGUGUUGAUGGGCCUGGAUCCAACUUGUCAGGACGGUCAAAGAUGGUCAGUAGUGGGAUUACCGAAUGUGUCAGCGUCGACAGCCAGAGAAAGAGGGCCUUUUUCGCCGUGCAGAGCCAUCUUUUGGAAGUCGACCUCGAAACUCUACAAAUUGUUGGGAACCAGCCAUACGAGUGGGCUAUCACAACACUAUCGGCAGCUCACCCAAGUGUACCACUCACCGUAGGGUCGUUUCACGGCCUCCACCUACAUGAUUCAAGACGUAGAUCCGAAGUCCAGCGAGAUCGGCAGGAGCGUAUAGAUAAUUUGGUUCGCCACAAUUCUCAUAUCCUUUCCAAAAUAUGGGAGACGGAUCCUCUUCCACCUUACGCAUCCUUGGCUCAGUCGGAACCACUGAGUAUUCUACACCUCGAGCAGGCAGGAGGGAAGGAUAUGAUAUCGGACGAUAUCCUCGUCGCGGGCCGCUUCUCGAGUAUUUUACACUACGACCGCCGCAAGUUUCCAGCUAUCACGGGAUCUAUUCACUCAGGCGCGAGUUUGUGCAGCCUGGCCUCGCUACCCUACCCCUUUUCCAGCGUCGAUAGUGGACUUCGCCGCCGGGGUGAGCUCACGAAGGAACAAGUCGACACGGCCAAGAGCACGCCGCUGGGCGGACGGACGCUGAUCGCGUGCGGCGAAUACCACACGAAAGGCUCUCUUGAGGUUUAUGGUCUGUCGCCCCAUGAAACUUCGGGGGUGACGUUGGACUCGACUAUGAAAAACCGGCAGACCGCCUCCAAGUCGAAGCUACUGUCAGUCAUCAACCAUGGCACACGGAUCUUGGUUUCUGAUGGCCAGGGGUAUCUGAAAUGGGUCGAAAGAGAUGGCUUCACCGAAGUUCGCAGCACCUUGAUUGGACACCCCGAGAAGUGUCAACAACGGUCACUCUUCGCCUCGAUGCCGGGUUCGGGCGAGAUAGCACGCAAACUCUUAGCUACCCAGACAGGCAAUGAUGACGACAUGGUUAAGGCCAAUGAUGAUGAUGUCCUCUUUUGGACGGGCGAGAGAUUGGGGCUUGUCGGGUUCUCACCCAAGCCCGAAUUCACGGCGGAUGACUUUGAAGAUCACACCAAGACACCCGAAGAGAUUGCGGCCGAGAAGGAGGAACAGCAGUACAAGGAGAUGAUGAGGCUCGCUUUGGAGCGACAGGCCAACGACGUGCGGUUCGUAAGAUAUCUUGGGGCUAGCAUCCGCAACGGUGUUUGAGCCGAUGAUUGAUUGGGACGAGACGUAUCCGUCGUGCCCAGGGCUCUGACGGCGAUUGGUCGCGUCUGUAUGAGGCAAUGAGGCAGUUGUCUCCUCCAAGGGCUGGGCGGUUGCUCCGUAGAUUGUAACGAUUCGAAGCCGUGGGAUCGACAGUUAUGGGUUAUGGUUUUGGGAGGAGGAUAGCACGAGGCGGAUUGCAUGAAUGAUCACCAUAAGUAGUUGUCAAGAAAUAGAUCACUGCCAGCGCGUUCCUCCACGUUAUACGCUAG